AUGGACUAUUUCAACUUCAGCACACUCCUCCUGUUCGGAGACCAGGCGGAUGCAGAGCAGACAGACGAUAUUCAAUCGGGAAUAGAGGAGAUGAUGCAUAUGCGUACACCGAUAGGCACACCAGCUGAAUAUCCUCGAGCCCAAGGCCACGUCACCAUCUCCGUAUCGACGACCUUCCAUCCUGAUGCCCGCAUCGCUGGCGCGUUUCCUGACCUCAUACUGGUCUCUUCCGACCAAGUUUACUUCCACGUCCAUCUGCAUCGUAUACUUGAAGCGUCGGAGAAUGGGUUCGCAUCCUUGUUGCCUCCAAAAUCCCAGGAUGAUGGAUUCCCGCCCGCCGUCUAUGUCUCCGAACCUGCAGAGGUGCUAAACGUCAUUGUGCAUACGAUCUACGACCUCUCCGCGGCCCAGUUUGUACCCUCGUUCGAGACCGUAUCUGUUGCACUGAACGCCAUGGUCAAAUAUGGCAUUUCUCCCGUGCGAUUCAUCACGCCUGCUAUGCCGCUCUACGCCCUCAUCCUCUCGCUUGCCCCCCAUCAACCCAUUGAAGCGUACGCGCUUGCGGCAGCUCAUGAUCUAUACGGCCUCGCGGUGGCAAUCUCGCCACAUUUGCUCUCAUUUACUCUUUCGUCCCUGACGGAUGAACUUGUCGUGCGCAUCGGGCCAAUCUACUUAAAGCGCUUAUUCUUCCUGCACAGCAUACGAAUGGAGGCGCUCAAGAAACUCCUGCUGCAUCCGCCGCGCCCGCAUCCCGAGACGGUGAACUGCUAUGGCGAGCAGCAACUUCGCCUGACACGUGUAUGGGCACUCGCUUCUGCCCAUCUUGUAUGGGAUGCAAGACCUAGUGCGUAG